UGCUGACAUGACAGGCAGAAAGCUGGCAGGCCCUUCCCUAGGAAGACGGAUCUCCUGAUACAGACAGUGGGGCCCAAGCCCUCGGAUUGGCCUAAAACAGGGUGUGUUUUUCCCACCGGCUGGGCCUUGGCAUCCUGUCAAACUGCCUUCACACCCAGCCGUUAAAAGAACAACGACCGCGGGACUCAGUGUGCUGGAGGAAGCAACCAUGCAGGUGCUGACCAAACGCUACCCCAAGAACUGCCUGCUGAACGUCAUGGACCGGUACUCGGCCGUGGUGCAGAACAUGGAGCAGGUGGUGAUGUUCCCCAGCCUCCUGCAGGACGUGAAGCUGAGUGCGCAGGCUGGGCCCCCCAGUCUCUACAACUACUUCAACAUGCUCAAGGCCAUCCGCACAGAUGUGGACCACGGGCUGCUGCCCCGGGAGGAGUGGCAGGUCAAGGUGGCCGAUGGUAAAACCACUGUGACUGAGAAUGAAGCUGCAGAGAUGGAGGAGAGCGAGGAGGAGGUCUUGGGGCAGCUGGACCUAGAAGCCCAGUUCCACCUGCACUACACUAGCCUUCAUCACAUCCUCACCCACCUCACCUUGAAAGCCGAGGAGCUGACGAGAGUAUACCAGGAAAUAACAGGACAGGCCGUGUAGGCCUCAGACUCUAGGGAAGACUCUGUGAUGAGGACUUGGAGCAACUCACUGGCCCUGAUGAUGAGACCAGAAAGGCUAGACCUAUGGCUGGAAGUGAGGUGACGCGGUUCUCUGAGAUGCUUCCCUACCCCUCUCCGAACACCAGUUUUGGACUCGUCACUGGGUCACCACCUUUAGGAUGCCUGUUGCUAUUCGUAACUCCCACUCACCUCUUACCAGCUUGGGGUCAUGGUCAGUGGUUUGUGAGGGACUAGAUGUUACCUAGCCAAUGUGGUACAGUAGGAAGAAUAUAGGUUUUAGCAUGUGACUCUUAGCGCAUAUUCAAUGUGACCUUGGGCAAGUUAUUUAACCAGUUGGACCCUAAAUUUCAUGACCCAUAAAACGGGGAUAUUGUGUGCCUCACAAAGUUGUUCUAGAAAUUAAACAAGAUACAAUCAAAAGCA